AUGCCUUCGGACACCACCAAAGAGGUUCUCGCCGAUCUCUCUCCGGUCAUCAAACUAUACAAAGAUGGCACCGUCGAGAGGCUCAUCAGUUCACCCCAUGUUCCUCCGUCGCCCGAUGACGCUGUCACCGGCGUAGUUUCUAAAGACUUGAACAUUUCGCCAGUGGUUCAAGCCAGACUACACCUCCCAAAACUCACAGAACCAAAUCAAAAGCUCCCGGUUUUGGUUUAUUACCAUGGCGGUGGAUUUUGUCUCGGAUCAGCCUUCACUUUCCUCGAGAACCGUUACAUUAACAUAUUAGCGGCUGAAGCAAAAGCUUUAAUCGUUUCUGUUGAAUACAGGCUCGCCCCUGAACACCCUUUGCCAAUAGCCUAUGAAGAUUCCUGGGAAACAUGGCUAACUGAGCACGGUGAUUUCAGUAAAAUCUAUAUAGGAGGCGACAGUGCUGGAGGCAAUAUAGUUCAUAAUAUUCUUCUCCAAGCUGGGGCAGAACCUUUACCUGGGGAUGUGAAAAUCGUGGGUGGAUUUCUAUCUCAUCCUUACUUCUGGGGAUCAAAGCCAAUUGGGUCCGAAACAGAAGAAGAAAUUGAGCAGAAUCUGGCAUGUAAGAUUUGGUUAUUUGUUUAUCCAUCAGUUCCUCGCGGGAUUGACAAUGCGAUGAUCAAUCCAUUUGUUGAUGAUGCCCCGAGCUUAUCGGGGCUGGGGUGUUCAAUAGCUUCGCACGUUACUGAAAAACUUGGCAUCGAAAAGGAAUCAUGGCUAACUGAGCACGGUGAUUUCAGUAAAAUCUAUAUAGGUGGCGACAGUGCUGGAGGCAAUAUAGUUCAUAAUAUUCUUCUCCAAGCUGGGGCAGAACCUUUACCUGGGGAUGUGAAAAUCGUGGGUGGAUUUCUAUCUCAUCCUUACUUCUGGGGAUCAAAACCAAUUGGGUCCGAAACAGAAGAAGAAAUUGAGCAGAAUCUAGCAUGUAAGAUGUGGUUAUUUGUUUAUCCAUCAGUUCCUGGUGGGAUUGACAAUGCGAUGAUCAAUCCAUUUGUUGAUGAUGCUCCGAGUUUAUCGGGGCUGGGGUGUUCAAGGCUGCUGGUUUGUUUAGCGGAGAAGGAUCCAUUGACGUCGAGAGGAAUUCUUUAUGUUGAGACCGUAAAGAAAAGUGGUUGGAAUGGGGAGGUGGAGAUGGUGGAGGUUGAAGGAGAAGAUCAUUGCUUUCAAUUCUUGAAUCCUGAAACAGAGAAAGCAAAGGAUCUGAUCAAGCGUUUGGCUUCGUUUAUUUCAUACUAA